CACCUCGAGUCGCUCACGCUCGGCGCGAAGCUCGAGCUCGGCGACUUGGCGUUCUGGCGCCUCGACGAAUCCGAGCUCGUGCCGCUCACGACCCUCUCCGUCGGCACGUACGGCACCGUUCGCGUCGGCCGGUACCGCGACCAGCUCGUCGCGAUCAAGACGCCGCUCGCCUCGGAGCGCACGGCGCCCAUCAUCCAAGCCUUCCUCGACGAGAUCCUGCUCAUGACGCGCGUGCAGAGCCCGUACGUGAUGCAAGUGGUGGGCAUUAGCUACGUGCGUCUGCUCGACGUCGAGCUCGUCCUCGAGUACAUGGACAAGGGCGACCUGCAGCACCAUUUGGAGGCGACGCGGUCCAACGCAACGCUGCUCUUUCCGUGGCCGCAAAAGAUUGCGGUUGCCAAAGACAUUGCGAAAGGCCUCUUGGCGCUGCACAUGGCUGGCAUCGUCCACCGCGACCUCAAGUCCCGCAACGUGCUCUUCAACCACGGGAUGCAGGCCAAAGUGUCGGACUUUGGCGUUGCGCGUCAAGUCACAACCGCUACGAUGACCCAGGGUGUUGGCAGCUACCGCUGGACCGCCCCCGAAGUCUUGGAAGGCAAGCGCUACGGGAUUGCCGCCGACGUCUACUCGUUCGGCAUGAUCCUCGCAGAGUUGGAUACGCACCACGUGCCGUACUACGACCUCCAGCAGCCGCUAAAAUCGCUGCGCGACUUUGUGCUCUUGCGCGACCGGCCGGCCGCGCAGCAGCUUGUCAACGUCUCGGACGGCGUGCUCAUGGAGCGCGUCAUGAGCGGCGGCGUCGAGCCCAGCUUCAGCACGAGCUGCCCCGACGUCGUCUACAACCUCGCGAUCCAGUGCAUCGCGUUCGAUCCGAAGGCGCGCCCCAAGGCCAAGGACAUCGUUCGGUACCUGCGGGACGCACUGCGACAGUGUUAG